AUGAGUCUGAUUCAACAGAAAUUAUGGGAUGGAUAUAUUCAUAUACGGGUAGUUUUGGACUCACCUAAAAAUGGAGAUGAAGGCCCAAUAGAGCUAGUAUUAUCGGUACGAAGACUAUCAUAUUUCCCGUUAUAUUUUGAAGAGAUUGCCCAAUUCUUUGCCAGAUACUGUCCCGAGAUCAUAGAUCUGCCCCUAUGGUUAGAAUACGACGGAGCUCCAGUACAAUGGCAUCUCCCUGUAGGUCUUUUGUACGAUCUCUUGUAUUUCCCCCGGACUGUUCCAUGUUGGACUGUGAAGCUUCAUUGUUCAGAGUAUCCAAGACAAUUCAUUCUUCCCUUUCAAUCAGUAGAUUAUAAAGCACAUCUUAAAUUGGUGGUGAUGAAUCUGUUGAAACAAUCAUGCUUUGUACUCAAUGGAAGUUCAAGACUUAUCAUGAAUCUAAAUCGUGAGAAAUCUGACCAAUUAUGGGGCGCCAUAGUUCAACAUAAUUGGGUGGUUCAUAAGGAUAUUAAUCAAGAAAUCAUCCCAAUAACCUCCAAAAUCCAACGUAUUCCCAUAAAAAUGUAUUUAUCUGGAACUUCAACCAUGAUACAAAGCCCCGUGUAUCCAGAACUGCUGGAUGGUGGAGGUGGUGCUAACACUCUACAAGAUGUAGUUGAAGCUUCAUUUCCCCAAAGUUUGAUAGAUAAAUCUUCCAUAAUAAUCCAGGGGAUAAGUUUAGAUGAUCUUCUGACCGCUUCACCUUCAAUUGUGGAGUUAUGGUCCCUUUUCAAACAUUUGGAUAAUUUCUUGCAUGUGACAAUUCGUCCAAAGGAACAAGAAUAA